AUGUCUGAAGCUAUUGGUGAUUUUGGUCUAAUCGGUUUGGCCGUUAUGGGUCAAAACUUGAUUCUUAAUGCAGCAGAUCAUGGUUUUACUGUUGUUGCAUACAACAGAACUGUCUCUAAAGUUGACCAUUUCCUUCAAAAUGAAGCAAAGGGUAAAUCCAUUAUUGGUGCACACUCCAUUGAAGAAUUAUGUGCUAAGUUGAAGAAACCAAGAAGAAUUAUGUUGUUAGUCAAGGCAGGUAAUCCAGUUGAUCAAUUCAUUGAACAAUUGUUACCUCAUUUAGAUGAAGGCGAUAUCAUUAUUGACGGUGGUAACUCUCACUUCCCUGACUCCAACAGAAGAUACGAGGAAUUAAAGAAGAAGGGUAUCCUCUUUGUCGGUUCUGGUGUUUCUGGUGGUGAAGAAGGUGCAAGAUAUGGUCCUUCUUUGAUGCCUGGUGGUGCAAAGGAAGCAUGGCCUCAUAUUAAGGACAUCUUCCAAUCUAUCUCUGCAAAGGCCGAUGGUGAGCCAUGUUGUGAUUGGGUUGGUGAUGCAGGUGCAGGUCAUUACGUUAAGAUGGUCCACAAUGGUAUCGAGUAUGGUGAUAUGCAGUUGAUCUGUGAAGCUUACGAUUUGAUGAAGAGAGUUGGUGGUUUAACUGACAAGGAAAUAUCUGAUGUUUUCGGUGAAUGGAACGAGGGUGUUCUCGAUUCUUUCUUAGUUGAAAUUACCAGAGAUAUCUUAGCUUUCAACGAUAAGGAUGGUACCCCAUUAGUUGAAAAGAUCUUAGAUACUGCCGGACAGAAGGGUACUGGUAAAUGGACUGCAAUAAAUGCUUUAGACUUGGGUAUGCCAGUCACUUUAAUUGGUGAAGCUGUUUUUGCGAGAUGUUUAUCCGCUUUGAAGCCAGAAAGAGAGAGAGCUUCUGAAAUCUUAAACGGUCCGGAAGUUGAACAAGUUUCUGCUGAAGGUAGAGCACAAUUUAUUGCAGAUUUGAUGCAAGCUUUAUAUGCAUCAAAGAUUAUUUCUUACGCACAAGGUUUCAUGUUAAUCAGAGAAGCAGCAAAGGAAUACAACUGGAAAUUAAACUUCCCUUCUAUUGCACUUAUGUGGAGAGGUGGUUGUAUUAUCAGGUCUGUUUUCUUGGCUGAAAUUACUGCAGCUUAUAGGGAAAACCCUGACUUAGAGAACUUACUAUUCAACAAGUUCUUCCAAGAUGCUAUUCAUAAGGCACAGUCUGGUUGGAGAAAGACUGUUGCAUUAGCUGUUACCCAAGGUAUUCCAACUCCAGCAUUCUCUACUGCAUUGUCUUUCUACGAUGGUUACAGAUCCAAGAAGUUACCAGCUAACUUGUUGCAAGCCCAAAGGGAUUACUUCGGUGCUCACACUUUCCAAAUUUUACCUGAAUGUGCAGAUGACGAAAAGAAGGUUGGUGAUUACAUCCAUGUCAACUGGACUGGUAAGGGUGGUAAUGUUUCUGCUAGUACUUACGAUGCUUAG